AACACAAUAGGUUAGGAUUGGAUGCUGUAAUACAGUUAGGGGAAACAAUAGGAAGUAAGGCCUUUGUGUUUACAGUAGUCCAGUAUGGCUGGAGGGCGGUCACUCUAGCCACAAGCUUGCUGUAGCGAAAGCGCAGAGAACAAUUAUAAUCAGUCAGUCAGAACGAACAUAACAGUUUAGCACAGCACACACAGGCCAACCAGUAGUGUGAGCGCCAGCUUUAAACAUAACAGUUGUCAACAUUGAGCUGAGAGCCAGGGAUAUUUUAUAUACACUUCCAGAUACUGUGUUAUAUUUAUGUGACUAGAUGGACACUGUGAACUUAAAAAACCAAUGGAUGUAUUAAUAGGACUUAAUAGAAAACUGUAACACUUUGUCAACACCGACACAUAUUUUGUGUGGAUCUCCAGGGGACUUGGUCCCAACAGGAGGUGCUAACUCCCGACACUGAUACUCCUACAUACCUACAAUGUAAGAGAGGGGUCUAACACCCCCAGGGAUCUUCCUUUUCUCUCUACUGGACCUGAUUGGACUUUGUUAUUAAUACUGUUAUUGAUACUGAUGUAAAGGGAUCAGUGUUCAGCCUCUACUAAGACCAGAAACACUUGUGUGUAUUCUACACAAGCUGGAUCUUUAUCCAAGGACAUGCCUGAUGAAGAUGCAAAACAAAAUGACUUACUGGAUGGAAACUGGCAUGGAAUCAGAUAUUUCCGAGCACCUUGAGACUGACGAGAUGUACAUGAUGCUUCAGGCAGAUAUGCUGAGCAUUAAAAGACAGGAGACCGACCUGAAAUCCGAGAUCGUUGAGAUCACCUCCAAGUUCAAGAACAUUCUGACAUCAUGCGGCAUUGAACCCCAGGAUUACUCCAUUGUGAACCAGUCUUCUGGUAGUCUGCCCCCAACUCCGACCUUCAUGAGGAGUUCUGCCCUGACUCAGGUAUCUGCCUUGUCCUCCGAUGAAGACUUUCUGCUCCAGGAGAUGAUGAAGGCCUCCCUCUGUUCCACCAGCUCUGACAGUAUUUAUGAGGACUCUGCCAUGACACUCAUUGUUGACUCCAACUCCAACUACAUGUCCUUACCAAAGAACGAUAUCGUGUCUAAUCCCAACAUUCCUAACGUCACUGGAUCAUCCUCUUCUGACAUCAGCAAUGGCAGCGUAGGAGCCAAUACCUCCGACGGCUACCCCAAGUCACCCGACACCUCAUCUGAUGACAACCAGUGCGUACCAGAGUGUCUUGACCUAGAGCAGGAGCGAAUGUCCCGCAUGCAGUACUACGGGGACUUCACCAUUGACCGUCAGCGACGCAUUGACAACAUGACCAUGUCCCUGUCUUCAGGACCUGUCUGCACCAACCUGACCAGUGCGGCCACUGAGGAGCUCUUCACACGUGAAGUUGAGGGAUGUGAGGACAACACUUCUGUACCCGCCGUCCGUUUGGGACCCAUCAUUGGUGCCUGUUUGCCUCCUUCCACUUAUUCCACCACCACCUCUGGUAGUGCUAGCUCCACCCCAUCCUCUGGUCGUCCUCGUCGUCGUCAUUCUUCAAGGAAGAACCGCACCUCUUCAUCCAAAGGUAGCUCCAACAAGUAUAUCUCCAUACCCUGUGCCUCCUCCACGAUGAUUGAGGAUCUCUCACCCUCCUCUUCCAGCAGUGGCAGCAGCAAGCAUCGUAGUAGCUCCAUUCCCCGAGCUUCCUCUACCAUGAUCGACGACCCUGACACACCCUGCAGCAGCGAGGAUGACCUUCAGUCCAUCUACACCUGGUCCAUUCAUGACAACGGCUGUGAUGAAGAUCUUGCCCUUGAGGAAUCCUACUUCAGGAACCUCAACCAGCACCAGAAGAUAACUGCCAAGCCUCCUCUUCCUCCUAAGAGAGUCCUCUCGAGCAGCAGCAGCAGCAGUCGCUCCAGCUCUCGUCGAUCAUCCAAGCGAGACAACUUAAAGGCCAUCCCAUCCAACUCUUGUACUCUUCCUAUUGAUGCUUUGUCUGUGAUUGAACCGUCUGCCAGCUACAGGGAUGCCUACCUCGGUUCUGAGUCCAUGUAUGACGACGAUGAUAUCCCUUUCAAGUCCAACAGUUUGCCAAGGACAAGUACUAGGAUCCAGCUGCUCCCAAACAAGUCCUCCGGAAGCUCCAUGGAAGCCCGCUGUUCCUCAAUGCCCGACAUCAUCAGCGUUGACACUGCCAACAAUGACGAUUUCCACAGUGUGCCAACAUCUCCUGACCACAGUGCUGACAACACCUCCCCUCUUGGGGAACGUCUUGAGCUUCCCGGCAAGUCCAGCUCCAGCAGCGCCAGCCCAGUAAGUGACAACCAGUGUAGUGCUAGCCAUCCCAACACUGAUGCCCUUGUCGACUCAAUCCUCACCGACAGCCCCACCAGUGUCUGCAGCUCUGGGAUUUUCGUACCCUGCAACACGCCUGAUGUCACUGACCACAGCAAGACCAGUAGAUCCACCACUAGUGACAAGUCUGAUUCUCGUGCCCAGCCUGUUGCUCCUCUUUCUUCUGUGCCAUCUGUUCCCUCCAACACUCAGACUGACAGUGGACUCUUCAAGGUACCCAGGUUCAACCAGCCUCUCAAGAAGCUCUUCAGGUUCAAGCGUAGCAAGGCCCAGAGAAUGUUGACCAGCACACCAAGCCCUGUAUGCCCAUCUUCGGUACAGAGUGACCCUCUCUCCAAGAGGAAGCUUUUCACAACUGACACCACCAACUCAGCUGAUGUUCAGAUUGUCAACAAGAGGGCUGUCAUCAAGAAAUUCAAGAGGUUCAGUGCUAGCUUCAACAGGAAGGACAGACAAGGACUUACCCGCAUCCAGACCCUUGCCAACCUGUGAACCCACUGACACACAAAACACUAUGACAAUCAAAGUGAACUAUAGACACAUAAGUGAACUAAUCAGUGAAAGGGAACUCAUCUGUGACAGUGAACAUUAUUUAGUGAUGGUGAAAGUUGCUGUGUACCCCAGAGUUGAGAUUUUCAAAUGGUCGUGAUUUUAAAAUCUCUGUUUGAUUAGUGCCUCAUACUGACAGUUAAAUUGAUACCUUAGCACAAAGUAAGCUUUCAAGACACUUUUUAUCACCAUUAGUUCAAGUGCAAUAUUCUGAUUUUCAUUAUGCCAUAAGUCGUGGUUGAAUUCUGUUUCUGUCUCUUUCCUUAACUUUCUUUCCAACUUUCUUUCGAGAUAUGACUCAGGAAUUUGUGUAUGUGUGUGAGAGAAAUGGAUAAACUCCAUUUAUAUGUGUACAUUUUGUAAAAAGAAAUGAAAUCCUAAUUUAUUUUAUUUGUUUGAAAGUCAAGAUAUAUUGACAGUGCUAUUGUGUAUAUAUUAAAACAAAAAUGAAUAUGA